UUCUUACUCCUCUCUGCUGCUUAACUACAGCUCCCUCUGGAACUUGCACCAUCAAAAACAGCUUUCCUCCCCCAGCCGCCGCCAGAAGCGCAUCACCUGGAACGGAGCGACUCGCCCAGCCGCCAGGUAGCCGGUGGGGGACGCACCUCCGAGGGUGCCCUUCUCGGGUCGGCCGUCCCGAGGGCCGCUCCCCUGACUCCGCUGCCCACCCCCCACACCCUCCCCACCACCACCCCGACGGGGUCCGUUAGCUGGGUGACUGCAAGUGUUUCGGAGCAAUGGAAAGAGAAAAGGCACUGCCGGUGGCAACCGAGAGGAAGGAGAGGUUGCUGCAGUAGACGGUGCUGCAGAAUGUGUGCGUGAAGGCGCCCCGAGCCCCGCCGGAGUCUCCAGCCCGCUCAGCCUUCAUUAACUGUCUCCAGCAGGCGAACCAGAUGCCCUAACCAGGCGGGUGGCACCCUGGAUCUAAAACUGUGAACUCCCCCCCGUGGAAAAUGGUAAACAAAGACAUGAAUGGAUUUCCAGUCAAGAAGUGCUCAGCCUUCCAGUUUUUUAAGAAGCGGGUACGAAGAUGGAUCAAGAGCCCAAUGGUCAGCAUGGACAAGCAUCAAAGUCCCAGCCUGAAGUACACAGGCUCCUCCAUGGUGCAUAUCCCACCUGGGGAGUCCCACUUUGAGCCUUCCUUGUAUCAGACAUGCCUGGGAGACCAUGACUUCCACAGAGGGAUGCUCCCUCAGGAGAAGGAGUCUUGUUCAUGGGAAACUCAAUCUGGGUGUGAAGUGAAAGAGCCAUGUAGUCAUGCCGGCAUCCUGACCAAGCCUGAUCCAAGAACCUACUGGACUAAUGAUGAUUCAGCUUUCAUGAAACAGAGGAGGAUGGGGCUGAACGACUUUAUUCAGAAGAUUGCCAAUAACUCCUAUGCUUGCAAACACCCUGAAGUUCAGUCCAUUUUGAAAAUCUCCCCAACGCAGGAGCCUGAGCUUAUGAAUGCCAACCCUUCUCCUCCACCAAGUCCUUCUCAACAAAUCAACCUUGGCCCAUCAUCCAAUCCUCAUGCUAAACCAUCUGACUUUCACUUCUUGAAAGUGAUUGGGAAAGGCAGUUUUGGAAAGGUUCUUCUGGCAAGACACAAAGCAGAAGAAGCAUUCUAUGCUGUCAAAGUUUUGCAGAAGAAAGCAAUCCUGAAAAAGAAAGAGGAAAAGCAUAUUAUGUCUGAGCGGAAUGUUCUGCUGAAGAAUGUGAAACACCCUUUCCUGGUGGGACUUCACUUCUCUUUCCAGACUGCUGACAAACUGUAUUUUGUCCUCGACUACAUUAAUGGUGGCGAGUUGUUCUACCAUCUUCAGAGGGAGCGCUGCUUCCUGGAACCACGGGCCCGCUUCUAUGCUGCUGAAAUAGCCAGUGCCUUGGGUUACCUGCACUCCCUGAACAUCGUUUAUAGAGACUUAAAGCCAGAGAAUAUUUUGCUGGAUUCCCAGGGACACAUUGUCCUGACUGACUUCGGACUCUGCAAAGAAAACAUCGAACACAACGGCACAACAUCCACCUUCUGCGGCACACCUGAGUACCUUGCGCCUGAGGUGCUUCAUAAGCAGCCUUAUGACAGGACCGUGGACUGGUGGUGCCUAGGUGCCGUUUUAUAUGAGAUGCUAUACGGCCUGCCUCCGUUUUACAGUCGAAAUACUGCUGAGAUGUAUGACAACAUUUUGAACAAGCCUCUCCAGUUGAAGCCAAAUAUUACAAACUCUGCAAGACACCUCCUGGAGGGCCUCCUGCAGAAGGACAGGACAAAGAGACUGGGUGCCAAGGACGACUUUAUGGAGAUUAAGAGUCACGUCUUCUUUUCCCUAAUUAACUGGGACGAUCUCAUUAAUAAGAAGAUUACUCCUCCUUUUAACCCAAAUGUGAGCGGCCCCAGCGACCUGCGGCACUUUGACCCCGAGUUUACCGAGGAGCCAGUCCCCAACUCCAUUGGCCGGUCUCCCGACAGCAUCCUCCUCACAGCCAGCGUCAAGGAAGCCGCGGAGGCCUUCCUGGGCUUCUCCUACGCCCCGCCUGUGGACUCCUUCCUCUGAACAGUCUGGGGCAUGGUUGCAAAGGAUUUUGUGUGUGUGUUCAGAUGUUUGAGUUAGCGUUGAUGGCGGAGCUGCCAGCUGACAGGACAUCUUACGAGAGAAUUUGCACAUCUCUGGAAGCUUGCACAUUUUGGCAAUCUUAAUUGCGCGCUGUUUGCUGGAAGCUUUUCGAAGAGCACAUCUUCCUCAGUGAGCUCAUGAGGUUUUCAUUUUUAUUCUUCCUUCCAACGUGGUGCUAUCUCUGGAAUGAGCAUCCAUCCGAGGGCCGCCUUAGACAGAUGCAGUGGUCUCUGUUAGGAGAUGCUGCCCUAAGAAAGAUCUUCUGAAAGGUCUGUCUGGGCCAUGAUAAAGAAUCUUAUGAAAUGUGCCUUUUCUGAUGAGAUCAUGUUAGCUCCAAAGCUUUAUCCUAUAUUGCAGAGUGUUUGUUUCAGUUCUUUAUUUUCUUUUGUGGACUUGGUGUGUGAACAGUGGUAUGAGUGCAGUUGCCUGAUCACUGAUGGAUUUCCAUAUAAGCAUCAAUGUGACGCUUGCGGGGACACUACAAUGUGCGACAUUGUUUGUUUCUUCCAUAUUUGGAAGAUAAAUUUAUGUGUAGACUGUUUUCUGUUUUUUGUAAGAUAUAGUUAACUAAAAUUUAUUGAAAUGGUCUUGCAAUGACUAGUAUCCAGAUGCUUAAAGAAAGCAUUGCUGCUACAAAUAUUUCUAUUUUUAGAAAGGGUUUUUAUGGACCAAUGCCCCAGUUGUCAGUCAAAGUCUGGUGUUUUCAUUGUUUAAAAUGUCACCUGUAAAUGGGCAUUAUUUAUGGGGUGGUUUUUUUUUUUUUUGCAUUCCUGAUAAUUAUAUGUAUUAUAUAAAGGAAGUCUGUACAUUGGGUUAUAACACUAGUAUAUUUAAACUUACAGGCUUAAUUUGUAAUGUAAAUCACCAAUUUAAUGUACUGUAAUUAACAUAGAUAUAAUAUGUACAAUACCCCUUUCCUACCACACAACUUUUUUUGUGUGCGAUAAACCAAUUUUGGUUUGCAAUAAAACCUUGAAAAAUAUUUACAUAAAUUGUGUCUUGUGUGUUGUGUGUAUGUCAGUUAAGGGGACAAUUAUGAGCCCCUUAAAAAUUGAAAACCAAAAAACACAGCAGUAUUUUCCAACAAAUACCCCCAAUAGCAGUUGCUUCUUACACCAGGGGAGUUUAAGGAUAACAUAAAAGCAGCUUAUAUUCCAGGUCUUGGCAGCAUUUUGUAGUGUCAGUCAUUCAUAUAUGCAUCUAAACAAAUCUUUUUCAAUGUACCUGUCUUGCAAGGACAGACAUGAAGUAAUAUUCCUUAUUUUUAUUGCCCGCCCUGUGAAGUUGACUAUUCUGACUUCAGGCUUGUCUGACUAACAGGCAAGUCAACAAAUAGUGGAGUGCACACACUGGGCCAGUCUCUUGUUCUUAGUUCUGGGGGUUGAGCUGUGACUAACACAGUUCUGUGUCUCUAAAGGAAUCUAAUGGAAUAAGCAAACUUUGAAAUAUCAGUGCAAGUGGUGGAAAAUGCCUCCAAAGGAGGCUGAGAGUAUUCAUAAGUGAAUAUCAUUAAUAAGAAACAGUUGGUGUAGAGCUUUGCAUUUCGGAGAAUACCCAUGGCUGUUUUGAAACCAGUGCUGGCCCAGAAAAACCAGAGGGAAACUUUUCAAGCCAAGGUGCGCCCCCACCAAGACCUGCAUGCAUUCAGCAAAGGCUGUUCCUAGAGCCCAUUGGGAUAUUGUGCCAGAAGGGAUGUUGGAAGACCAAUAGGUCAUGUGUCCAACUGGAGUUUUUUUUACACCCAUUCCUAGGAACCCUUAAAAUUGAUCUUGCUGCUGUGUUUAGCAUCUCUAUCUCCUUCAUUCCCUCCUCUCUGCUUGCACAGCAAUUUCCCCCCAGGGAAAGUUGUGGUCUUGUUCCCUUCCAUCAUGAAUUAAGGUUCUUAGAACUCAUCUCACCCCACCUAACCAUAUAUCAUAAGGAAUGAACAGGAUAUUGAGUUCUUGCCCCUUCACAAUCUAAUGAUGCAAAGGGUCAAGUUAAGUCAGUGACUAUUUACAGAAGUUGAGUUACAACUACUACAGAGGUAUUAAAUAUUUUUUUAGACUUAAAACUUUUUUAUUUCAUAUAAGUAAAAAAUAAUUCAAAUAAUUCAAUUGUUCAUUUAUAUAUACAAAUGUAAUCAAUAAUCACAUUUAUUAUUAUGACUAUUUAAAUGACUUCUACCUUACUUUAUUUAUUCUAAUUACUUUCAGUGUCUUUUCUCACAUAAGUUGUGAAUUGUAGGAUUAUUGUUUUCAAUGUCAAAUCAAAGGACUGAUGUUGAUGGGAAAAUUUUGUAUUUUCAAAUCUCAAGUAUAAUUUGCUUUUUUAUGUUCAGGAAAUAUAUUUCUAGUUUACAGAAUGUUUUAAUAAGGAAUUGAUUUGAAAUUGUAUUAAAUAUUCUUGAUGUCAAUAAAAUAAUUGCAUUUACUUA